UGGUCUCGCAUAAAAUAAUUGCCCACGAAACGUAGUGGAGAGACCCGACUUGCAUUUUUUAUUGUCUGCCUCUCACAAUUGCCCGAAACCCUACAAUUUCUUCUUCAACUACCACCCAAUAAAAGCCCUCACCAUUACACCGUAUUCCUUAUAUUAUCCUCCCCCUCCAUUUCUCCUCAUCCUCUAACCAAUUAGACAAGUAAAAACCAAUAAUAAUAUGAGGGAAGAAUGUACGGUGAACUCGGCGGCGGCGGCCGGAGCGCAGGGUUCGUCGUGGUGGGACGUACAGAAUCACCAUGCAAACUCGUUCUCGUCGUUGUACAACAACCGUAAGAACAGUGGUAACAACCUUAACUCGUCGUGCGAAGACGAUCUCUCGAUCACCAACGCGUCGAACCACUCGGGGCUGACGGCGGAAUCGUCCCACCGCUGUCUCGUCUCGGCCGAUCAGUCAGCAUCCUCGGACGAGUUGCUUAGGGAACACGUUUCCUCUCACAACCAUCUCUGGAGCCAUGCCUUGUUGCAUGGUGGAAACAGCGUAGAUAUGCAUGAAAGCAACGGAAACUUGGGGGAACAAAUGAUCGAUCAUUUUACGUCAAAAAAACCAUCAGCUCCGACAUCGUUCGAGCCACCCUGCGAUAACUACCCGAAGAAAAUGGACAGCAACGGUAACUUCUGGAAUUACUCGAACCAGAUUAGAUACGGUCUUGAUGAUCAAGACCAGAGUCUGGUCCAAAGCCAUCGGCUUUCGAAGUUUUCCAAUCUUGUCGGAAACUGGUCGAUCGCGCCGCCAAACCCCGACAUGAACCAUCACCACCUCGAUUCUCAGACGAGCGACAAUGUCUCCUUGUGUUCCACGUUAGCUCACCAUUACAAACAAAACUUAGACGAUAUGGGAUCGUAUAGUGAACACGAUCUGCGGAUUAAAAGCGAAGAUUUUUGUUUCAACCAGCUCGGACCGCCGUCCAAUAUUGGAUACCAUAACUGUCACGGCGGCGAGAGCGGAUACAUCAACGGGUUUCCACAUUCCCCAUGCGAAAGUUCUAGAAGCUUUCUAGAUAUCAGGUUGACUAGGACGUUAUCGGAUAUAGAUCCAUCGUUUAAGCCUUGCUUGAAAUCCUUAAGCUUAUCCAAGUUCAAGAAGAAAGAGCUGCAAACAACGUCCAUGACAAGUGGGACGUCGGGCAUGACAAUUGAAGGAAAGAAUAAAAGAUGCAUGGAAGUGUCCGAUGAAGUCUCCAAAAAGGCCAAGAACGGAAGCUCCGCUACCUCGCCGGCGAAGGAAGUGCCGAAAGCCAAGGUGCGAGACAAGAUCACCAGUCUACAGCAAAUUGUAUCGCCGUUUGGAAAGACGGACACUGCUUCCGUGCUUCAGGAAGCCAUCACUUACAUAAAGUUCUUGCAAGAGCAAGUCAAGCUUUUAAGCACUCCUUACAUGAAGAAUUCGCUUAAGGAUCCAUGGGGGGGAUGGGAAAGAGAAGACAACAGCAAAGGAGAUGCCAAGUAUUUAGACCUGAGGAGUAAAGGGCUUUGUCUUGUUCCCGUUUCCUUCACUCCUCGUUCGUAUCGUGAGAGCACUGGAGCUGACUACUGGAGUCCCACCUACAGAGGCUGUUUGUAUCGAUGAACAUAUACAUAUAUACAUAUAUAUGUAUGUAUAUAUACACAUAUAUAUAUGUGUGUGUGUGUGUAUAUACGAACAUAGAUAUCUGUAUUUCAUGUCUUUGACUUUGUUGCUGUCCGAACGCACCAAAACAUUGUGAUAUGGCCACGGAAAUGUGUUUGGGUUUGAAUAGUAGUUAAUGCCACGUUUAUAGUAUUUCAUCUUGUUCCAUUUCUCAAAA